AUGGCAUCCGUGGUCGCCAAAUGGGUGAACAGAGGUCCCGGUCCUUCUAAUUUUAACCCCACAAUGACGAUGCAGGGCGGGAUGUACCAUUACAUGGGUCCCAUGAUGCCAUCCGAAGGGCGGGCGCCUUCCUAUGCUUCCGUUUACAUUCAUGACACUGACUACGCCACCCAGACGCGCACAAGGCUUGGAACCUCUAGACAACUGGAAGAGGCACUGAUGACGCAACUGACACACAUGCUGCACGAAUGCAACCCCUACGUGCAGACGUUUCUGUGUAUGCGAGAAUGGGCUCAAUCUCCUCAAAACAACUGUCCUGCCACGUACCAGAUGGUCAUCCAUGCCGACCGCAGGCCAAGUCAUGAGCACGUGCGCCGGUACAAUGGUCCCGAAGCUUCUGAAGUCGCCGCAUUGAUCCCUGGAAAUGAAGACGGAGAGAUUGGGCGAAGAGAUAUCGUCGUGCGCAGGAGAGUGACUCUGAACAGUAACGGGAACGAAGUGCUGGAUCCGAUUUCAGUCAGUCAUCGCGCAUACGAUCCAUUGAGUUACGUGCUUUUGUUCCAGAACGGUAGAGAUGGAUGGUAUCCAGAGCUUCGAUUCUCCAGUGUUCAAGACGGCAGACGUACCAAGAUUACUCCGAUGAUGUACUACGGAUGGCAUUUGUUCGAAAGAUCAGGCGAGUUCAGCACAAUCUUGCACGCAGCACGACUCUUUCAGCAAUACUUGGUUGACCAGUUCUGCAAAGUGGAGGCAGAAAGGCUUUCUUAUCUCCGCCACAACCAGACACAACUUCGAGCCGCCGACUACACCUCACUGCGCGACAGCCUAGGAGACUCCCGUCGUGCUGAAGAUGAAGCCGAUGCCGUGCGUGCGGGACGACUGUUCAUUCUCCCUUCCACGUACAUUGGAGGUGACCGCUAUAUGAGGCAGCAGAUGCACGACAUCAUUGCUAUAUCGAACCAAAUUGGCCACCCGGACAUCUUCCUCACCAUGACAUGCAAUCCAAGCUGGCCGGAGAUCACAAGAGCCCUACUGCCGAACCAAACGCCUCAGGACAGACCGGAUCUGUGCGCACGUGUGUUUCGUCUCAAAAUGAAAGAUCUCAUGUCCUUGGUCAUCAACGAAGAAGUAUUCGGAACCGUUGUUGCCCAUGUACGAGUCAUCGAGUUUCAGAAACGCGGUCUUCCCCACGCUCACGUUGUAUUUUUCCUAGAUGAAGUCUCCAAGAAUGAUCUGCGUACUCCCGAAAACGUCGAACGCAUUAUCUCUGCCGAGAUCCCGUCUGCCCAAGAUCCAGAACUCCAAGAGGUCGUGCUCAAGCAUAUGAUUCACAAUCCAUGUGGAGAACACAAUCCAACAGCCGUGUGCAUGGGCGAGCGGUACUGCAGGAAAGGGUUUCCAAAAUCGUUCAAACACGAAACCAGCCAGUCCGACAGUGAGUACUACAUCACGUACCGAAGAAGGGCACCCUCUGCAGGUGGCGUCUCCAUCGAGCGACCCUCCCACAACUCCUGGGUCGUUCCUCACAGUCCUGUGCUUCUACGUUCAUUCGCUUGCCAUUUGAAUGUUGAACUCUGCGUGUCACGCGUUGGCGGAAUCAAGUACCUCUUCAAGUAUGUGUGCAAGGGACAAGACCGAGUGACCAUGGAAAUCACUGCCGAGAACGAGCGCUACGACGAGAUCUCCAACUUCCAAGAUGCCAGAUACGUUUCGGCAUCGGAGGCCGCAUGGAGGUUAUUCUCCUUUGACAUUGUAGACCGCAAUCCUCCAGUAGUCAGGCUUGCAGUGCAUCUGCCCAACCACCACACGGUUUACUUUGAGGAAGGGCGAGAGCAGGAGGCGGCGCUUCGACCAGCAACAGGCACGAAGCUGACCGAGUGGUUUAAAGCCAACGAGAAGUACCCAAGCGCGCGGCAUAUUCGGUACCACAAGUUUCCAAGGUACUUUACGUGGAAGACACGCACCAAGUCAUGGACCUACGAUUUCAGUGGUACAGGUGCCAACGUAGUCGGUCGAAUCUACACUGUCAGUCCGAGGGAGGGUGAGCGCUACUUUCUUCGCCUCCUCCUCACACAAGUGCCAGGGGCAACAUCCUUCGAGAACUUGCGAAAUAUCGACGGCGAGCAGUGUACCAGCUUCCGACAAGCUUGCUUACGACUCGGUUUGCUGGCCGACGAUGCCGAGUGGAAGCACGCAAUCCGAGAUUCAUUCCGGUCAAGCUUCGUUCCUCUUUCUCAUCUGUUUGCUACGAUUCUGGCACACUGCCAGCCUUCGGACCCUCUCUCGCUGUGGAACGACCACCUGGACAUGUUUCUCACCGAUAUUCGCAAUCGUGCACGCAGACAACCCAUUCGAAGACAGCAGCUUCGCGAUGAUCACCACGCCACAUCUUACGUACUUCGAGAGGUACAGGAGGCUCUGCAGACCCACGAGCGCAGCAGUGGGAAGGGCGACUACAGACGUCACUUCCUUCGUACGCGCCGUAAGCAGGUCAUCGCUGUCGCUACGUCUGCUGUUGCUGCUGUGCUGCUCGACGGUGGACGCACCGCUCAUUCCGUGUUCAAGAUUCCCAUUCCUAUCGUCAUGUGCCAUCGACAUUGCAUUGAGACUGUCGAUCGCUCCCUUCGAGACUUGAUGCAAACCGACCGGCCCUUCGGAGGAAAGUUCCUCGUGCUCGCUGGAGACUUUAGACAAAUCCUUCCCGUCGUUCCGGGCGGGUCCAGAGGUCAAAUCGUGAGUGCGUGCGUCAAGGCUUCCCCGCUGUAUCGAGAGUGCCGAUUCCUGCGCCUUACCGAGAACAUGCGCCUUGCUGCUCUCCGAGCGGACCGUGCAGCAGAUGUGGAGGCUCUCAACUUUCCAGAAUUCCUCCUCAGCGUCGGGGAAGGCAGACUUCAAGGCGAACAGCGCCCGGAAUGGAUCUCACUACCACAGUCCGUUGCGUUCGAGCACACCAUCCGCAAUUUAUGCCUCAAGGUCUUCCAAGGCAUUCGAGACAAUCACGCCGACCCUGCCUGGCUCACCAAGCGCGUUAUACUCACCCCAAAGAACAGGCCGCUCGAGGAAGUCAACGAAGUCAUCGGCAACAUGAUUCCGGGAUCGUAUCGAACGUAUUUGAGCGCAGACAAGGUCGAGAACGAAGACACCAACGCGCCGAUCUAUCCCACAGAAAUGCUCAACACCUUGACCGCCGGAUCUGCUCUACCAGACCACAAGCUCAAGCUCAAGAAAGGCUUCAUCGUCAUGCUUCUGCGCAAUCUCGAUCCCGCUACCGGUCACGUCAACGGCGCGCGAUAUGUCAUCGAGAACAUGACCAACAACCUGCUCUUUCUACACGUUACCACCGGGUCACACCAAGGCAACAGAUUGUGUCUUCCUCGAAUGCCCUGCGGACCAGGAGACGACAACUUUCCCAUCCCUGGCUUCACCCGAACGCAGUUCCCCAUUCGCACGUGCUUCGCCCUUACAACGAACAAAGCGCAAGGCCAAUCCUUCGGUGGCCGCAUUGGUCUCGACUUACGAGAUCACUGCUUCUCGCACGGUCAACUCUAUGUCGCACUAUCAAGGACUACUCACCCAGGCAACGUCACUGUCCUCACUCGAGAGUCCAAUGAAACCACGCGAAACGUAGUGUACCCCGAGGUCCUUCAGUAG